CCGCCAUGUUAGCAAGUCCACUGCCGCUCCGCUCGGUGGGGUCCAAGGGGACCCCCAUCGGCACGACUACCCAACACCGCCACAGUACCCACGCUCAUACGCCCCGCCGUGACUCGCUCAGCUCUUCCGCGCAACUCACCGUCACUGUCGUCCAAGUCUCAGCGCUGCCAUUCCGCAAGGUGGUCGAGUCCUCCAUGCUUCCACAGCAUGGCCUUCGAUGCAAGUUCCAUCUGUCGGUGGGAGGGAAGGCCCUCGGCGUUGUCGGCGCCACGGCUUCGACGGCCGGCCAGGCCAACACCCUCGUGUGGCAAGAAGGAGGCGGAUCCUCGUCGAUGCAGUUGAACGUGGCCCUGUCCAGGGACUUGUGGUUGGGGAUUGACGUCUUGUGUGGCAGUUUAAUCAUCGCGUCCACAUUGAUAUCCCUUGAUGCAUUGGAGUCGCCUCCACAUGCGACAGCGUUUUGGCAUGCGCUUCAACCCCAUGGUCGCAUCGAGCUCCACAUAUCGUACAGCCCGUGCAUCGUCGACUCGAACACCGCCAGCCACCUCUCCACUGCACCUACUCGUGUUUCCUCACCUACUCGCGUGACUACCACUGCACCUAUCGCCCCAACGCUCAACCAACAACUCGUGGACGACCCGCCUCUCCUUGUCGAGGUUGAUGCUGCCAGUGUUGUAAACACCAAAGUGAGCUUGCCAUCGUCUUACUGCUAUAACGACGACGAUGCCAAUGACUCGGACGAGAGGGCCAUGUACCCCAGUCAAGACAGCGACGGCGAGCCAUCGCCCGAGAAGCAUUAUCACCACCAUCAAGCCUCAUUAUCUUCAUAUGACUCGUGUGCAUUCCGACUAAAGCAAGACCACUGGACGACCAACAAUACAGAGCCACCAAUGGCAUCGUCUUCGUCGUCGGUCCAUCCGCUAGACCAUUUACCUGCGACCACUGUAGAUGACCUCGAGGAGCACUUGGUCAACGAUGCAACGAUCCAACACAAGAUGAACCAUCAUUCUUCGUCCCCUCGAUGUCGUCCCGACGACCAACAUUCUGCCACCACCCACAUGUUUGAAUGGACGCAGCGGAUGGCGUUAAUGGAGAAGAAAACACUGGCUGCAACUCUCCAAGCAUCCAAGGACAAAUGUAGACAAGCGUGGCAUGCGUGUGAUGACGUUAGCCCUACGUCGACCUUGAUUCGAGAGCGCCGACGGUCGCUUCCGAUGCCUUCGUACGUGGGGCAUCGUCGUCCUUUCAAAUGGUGUCGGUUGAUUGGAUUCAGACCUGCAACCUGGGGAAAUAUGAAAUAUAUUUAUAUUUAUAUAUAUGAUUGUUGUCUUGGUUCCGUAGGUCAUUGUCGCCGGAGAAAUCGCCAAGUGGCUGUGCCACCGAUCCACAACAACCCCCCCAUGCAGUGUACCACCACCCCAUCGCCCCUCCCCCGAUUACUAGUAAUACUAGUAGUACAUCGUCUGGGACGUCGGCUCUGCGCCGCACACGCAGUGCGUCUGUGCGCGGGUUUCACGACUUUGCCCUCCCGCGUCGCCAACCAGUCGACGCCUGCCUUGGUAUGUCAUCAUGACAUGUCAUCACAGUGACAUAUCCGUCAUGGGGUGUUGGAAACAUGGAGUGUCAUCGAGAGUGUUGGUCUCGAAUAAUCCGUCAGAAAAUUUGGGAAAUUUGAAUAUUAUAAAAUUAAUACUACACCAUUUUCAUAUCACCGC